AUGGAGCAUGAGACAGAGAAGGAGUCAGUCUUCAUCACCCGCGCAGCCGAGUCGCCCUUCUGUUACAGGUUUCAGCUGUACACGCAGCUGCUGUUGCUGCUGCAGCAGCAGCACCGUCAACAACAGCUGCAGCAGCAGCAGCAGCUGAACAAGCAACAGCUUCAGGUUCCCAUGCCGUUUCUUGCGCUGUAUAGGGCCGUCCCAGAGAGCCUCCGUCUCUUUGUCAAGCAGUCGCAACAACAACAGCAGCAACAUCAACAGCAACAACAGCAGCAGCAGCAAAAGCAGCAAGAGACUCAGGAAAGGGAGGAACUGAACAAUGAGUGGACCUUCUCCAUGACAAUUCGCCGCCACAGCGAUGGUCUCCUACUUUUGCUGCAAGUGGCUGUCUAUACGCCUGGUUUCAUCCGCCUCCGGCUCUCAGAGCAUGUGGAGCGGCAGCGGAUUGAGCAGCAGCAAGAGCCCCGGCACUUCGUUGCAGAGCUGUUGCUGGACCGGCAGCAGCUGCUGCAGCAGCUUGUGCCGACAUGUUGUGUGCAGCAGGAGAUAGACAAGACGCUCAUCGUCGCAGAGUGCAUACCCCCAACUGCAUCAGCGGCAGCAUCAGCUGCGAAAGCACACUCUUCUGUUGCCGGUGCUCCAGCACCAGCGGCAACAGGACAAAGAGCUGAGGCAGCUGCAGCAGCAACAAACCUGGAUUGCAGCGCUCAGGACGCCCUCAGUUCAGAAUGGCUGCAACACGGGAUCUGCAGCAACACAUCAAAGGCAUCAUCGGGAGGAGGGGCACAAGUUGCAGCAGAAGCAGCCCGACACACCUCCGACGCCCCCUGCAGCUUUCAGCUAAGCGUAUGCGUUCACCAUGAGCCCUUUGCGGUUUCUCUGCAGCUUAACGGCAGAGACCUCCAGCGCCUGAAUGCGCAGCAGCUUCUUAACUGGGAAAGUAUCGGCACUCACAGGCAAUGGAGGUCUGCCGCUGCUGCAGUCGCUGCUGCUGUUAACCCUAACAAGCAACACCAGCAGCAGCAAGUGCAACUGGAGUCCCACGGCGCACUGAGAGCUACGGCGUUAAAGGCUGGCACCUCAGAAGAUAGUAUGGCAGCCUUGAGGGAUCCUCAUGGCAUGCAAACCAUCGCAGUAGCGCGAAGCUCAGCGGAAAUAUCUCACAUGGCUCAUAGAGUACACGCAGCAGCAGCAGAGGAAGCAGCGGCAGAAGCAGCAACUUUGAAAGCAGCAGCUUCCCAUGCAGCGGCAAAGGCUGCAAGAGCAGCAGCAACAGCAGAAACGGCAGCACAUUCAACUUUGGAUGAAGCAGCACCGGAGAAAAGGAAAAGAGCAGCUGCAGACGCAGCUGGCGCAACAGCAGCUGCUGCGGCCUCAGCAGUAGGUGCUGCAGCCCUGGGAGCAGCAACUGCUGCGAAUUUAGCAGCAGAAGCCGCAGAAGCAGCAGUAACAGCAGCUGAUGUAUCGCCUUUCAAACUGCGAGAUGCGAUAGACGUGGAGUGGAGGCCGCCAGCUGCUUCUUGCCGCUUCGCUGCUGCUGCAGCGCCCCCCAUUGCUGCUAUGCUGCGGACUGAAGAGCAGCGAGACGUGCCUGUGGAGCAGCAGGAGCUACUGCAGAAGUUGUUGCAGGCCUCACAGCAGCAACUACUGCAGCAAGCUAUGCAAGAGGAGAAUCAGUCUGAGGAGGAGAGACUAUGGCGUGCAUGCAGCGUCGGCGGUGAUAUUUCGUUUCUUGACGCUGUUGGCGUACUGUUCAACGUGGACGCCUACGGCUGGGACCCCGAUAGCCCGUCUUCUCUUUACGCUUCCAUGCCUUUUCUGUUUGCUACACACGCGGGAGGCUCCAACGGGGGCCGUCAGGCCUCUGCUUUCGUUUUCCUUAACUCUGCAGAGACUUUUUUCAGAGUAAACUACGAACAGGCCCCCGAACAGAAAGAACAGAAGCAGCACGAGCACCAGCAACGGCAGUGGCAGCAGCAGCAAGAAGGCGUCAUUCCCUGUUGGUUUUGCAGCGAAGGCGGAGAGUUCGAGUGCCUGCUUUGCUGCGGGCCCUCCCCUGUGGACGUCCACCGCCAAGUGCAUGUAGCGCUGGGGCUGCCCAUGCUGGCCCCAAUCGGCGCGCUAGGAAAGCACCAGUCCAGAUGGGGAUAUGCCGAAGAGAAGGAUGCUCAAGAGGCGAUGCGCGGGAUGGAUUCUUGUGGGGUUCCGUUCGACGCUUUGUGGCUAGAUAUCGACCACACGCCUCACUGCAAGUACUUUUUAGAGGACAGAAGAAGAGUUGAUCUCAAACAGCUUGCCAGCGAGCUUGAAGCAAACCAAAGAAUGCUUGUAGUCAUAGCAGAUCCUCACCUUCGAAUCGAAGUUGGCUAUCCUCUCUUUGAGGAAGCAGUGCAGCAAAAGCUGCUUGUCAAUAAUACUCGGGAAUGGUGGUCCUCAUGGGUGCGGCGCAGCUGGAAAGGAAUAUCUAACUUGGGUUUAUGGAACGACAUGAACGAGCCCUCCAUAUUUGGUUGCAAGGAGCUGACGCUGCCAAGGGGAGCCCUCCACAAAGCCGACCCAGUUCCUGCCGCUGCUUCUUCCACUGCGUUGGCUGCAAAGAAGGGCGGUGACAUUGAAGAACUGGUAGAGCACUGGAGGGUUCACAAUCUUUACGGCCUGUUGCAGCAAAGCGCGUCCUACGAGGGUCUCUUAGCUCGCAGUCAGGGGACUCGCAGGCCAUUUCUUCUCUCCAGAGCUGGCUUUUUGGGUUCUUGGCGGUGGGCCUUUUUGUGGACGGGAGACAAUGAAGCAUCUUGGGCUCACCUGCGCUGUGUAGUGCCGAUGGUGUUGUCUGCUGCUGCUUGCGGGCAGUCUCUAGUAGGUGCUGACGUGGGCGGAUUUAUUGGCAGUACAGGCCCCGAGUUGCUGCUCCGGUGGCACCAACUCGGUGCAUGGCUCCCUUUCUACCGAGUCCAUUGCGAAAAGGCAGCAGCGAAGAGAGAGGCCUUUAGAGACAGUCUCAUUUUGCCUUUUGUGCGCAAAGCAGUGCUUGACAGAUAUAGAUUCAUGCCCUACUGGUACACUCUGUGUGCGGAAUAUUCUUUCUUUGGCGAUCCUAUCGUAAGACCCAUAUGGUGGCUAGACGCUUCGACAGAAGCAGCGCGUGCAGGAAGCAGCAUCAGCAGCAGCAGCAGCACGCAGCCGUUUCUUGUGGGCAGCCAAAUCUACGUACAGCCUAUCCUUCAUUCCAUGCUGCCAAGGGAGACACAGCAACAGCAGACAAAAGACACUAGCAAGCAGCAUUCACACGAGGAGUCACGACAGCUGCAUGAACAGCAGCAACAGCAGCAGCAUGAAAUACAUGUGCAUCAACAGCUUACCGAGCUGCAUCUUCCUAGAGGAAUGCUGUGGUACGACGCGGAUACGGGCUCGGUCUGCUGCCGUGAGUCUGCGGCAACAGCUACAGGCCAGCCAAAAACAAAGUCCAGUUGCAGUUUUCCACUAACUUUACGACGCAUUCCUGUCUUCGUGAAGGGCGGUGCUAUUGUUGCCACUCGAGAGGCACCGAGCAAGUCGGCCCUGCUCUGCAUGCGAGAGCCGCUCACGUUGCAUGUAUAUUUGAGCCCAGAAGGCGCAGCAGAAGGGAGACUAUAUCUCGACGACGGCAUUUCAUUUCAGUGCAAACAAGGACGCUUUCUAUAUCUCAGGAUUAGGGCCCGCACACUGCAGCACCAGCAAGAGCAGCAGCAAGCACAGCAGCAAGAGCAACACCAACAGGGUCCACGCAGCAGCAGCAGCAGCGCAUCGAAGGGACUUCUCAUCUGGCCUGAGUCAGAGCCUCUCCCGUUGGGAGGUCCUACGUGCCCCUGGGUCUACGGAACGCUCAGUCUUGGGGAGUCGCUCAAUGCAUGCAUAUCGCAUGUGGCCGUUUGGGGUGUACGGACGCCGCCUGCCUCAGCUGUACUUACAGAGACGGGUUCGGGGCAGCGGCCGCUCAAGUUUUCCGUCUCUGCCCUGCCUCUGAACCCCAGAGAAGACGAGCUGCGGAAGACCCAAGAAGCGUUCUUCACUGCAGAGGCUGCUGCGCCCUGCGCUCCUGCGGCUACUGGCAUAGCAGAAGACGCCGUUCCUGCUGCAGCCGCUGCUUCUGAAGCACCGGCAACAUGCAAAGCAAAUGCAGAGCACGCAAAGCGGCAAAUGCAACAGAAGCAGCACGCAGCAACUCGGGAACACCUGGCGGGCCUCCUGCGGCAGAAGACGGAGAGUGAUGAGCUGCAGCUACAGCAAAAGCUCCAGGACGCUUGUUUCAGUCAUCCAGUCUAUAGAGUCCUCAUUGAGACCCCUGGGACGCUAGCGACAGACCCGACUUGGGCUAUUGAGCUGGGCUGGUAG